UUCUUUUUCCCAUCAGACACUGCGGUCAGAGUCAGACAGCAGACAGAAAUCAUGAGAAGCUGCAGGUUAAAGUCCUGAUAACGUUAUAGAAAGAAGCUCAGUAAAUAUUAAUGAGGAUCUAAUAACACAACAGUAAGCAUGUGCCAUCGGAUCGAUGAUGUUAUGAAGCUGUGCUGUGAGUUAUCGGCCAACCAGCAAAUCCAGACCACAGUGAAGGGCUCUGGGAAGGGAGCAGCAGCAGCCGGAGGACUGGCAUUCGCUGGAGGGCUGGUCGGAGGUCCUCUUGGUAUUGCAGUGGGUGGCGCUGUCGGAGGCCUGCUGGGCUGCUGGCUGACCAGUGGACAGUUCAAACCGCUGCCUCAGAUCAUCAUGGAGCUGAGCCCUCAGCAGCAGCAGAAGCUGUACGACGACCUCAUGGCCGUCCUGGGAAACAUCCAGUGGACAGAUGUGGCCCAGCUGACAGCUCUAGUGAUGGGAAACGCCGCCCUGAAGCAGCAGCUCACGGCCGCUCUUCUCGGCUACAUCACGAAGGAGCUGCAGGCGGAGGUGCACUAUGUGGACUAAUGGAAAACUACUGGACAGAAUAGUCCAGCUUGUAUCAGGGUUUUUGCAGAUGUAGCCUUCUAUCUACACUGCUCAAGGACAAAACCAUAGUUACAACGUCCUGCUGGUUUGAGGGACUGAUGGUUUUGAUGAGAUAGGGAGGAUAAUGAACACCUGCUAGUCCUCAACCCACCCCUGCUCUUUUCCUUUGUCCUCCUUUAAAAGUUUGGUGCACUUUCUUAAUCUUGUCACUUGCCUUCUGCAGACCUGCUUGACCUUUCUUGUUAGAAAGAAACCACUAAUGGACAAACUGUUGAAGACAAUCUUUAUUAUUUCAGAAGUCAGCACACAUACAUAUUUAAUUUCCAACACAUGGAUUAGAGCCUGUUUAAACACUGGACUCAGAGGAUGACAUGCCCAGGAGGACAGAGUCUAUGACAAGAAGGUGGAUGGUUUUUGUUUUUAAAUGAAGCUAAAGAUCAUUAAAUGUGCAACCAGAUUUUUAAAAAGUGUGUAGACACUAUUACUGGUAACAGGUACAGAUCAGCACAAUAAUGGUGUCUAUUAAAGCAGUAACUUAUUAAGGGAAGUGCAAUUAUCAGUUGAAGGAAUUAUUUAUUAAUUGUGAUCAUCAGUCUGGCUUUUAAAGUUGUAGUUAAUUGAAGGCCGGAUUGAGUUCUGCAGCGUUACAGUGGCACAGUUUUCAUCUUGUUCUGCUGCGGUCAUAUUUACAUAGGAUUAUGGUUAUUGUGUAACAUUUUGUUUUGAUAUAAAUUAACAGAAUAUUCAGUAUUGUAUUAUGAAUUUACCAGCAUCUGUAUACAGAAUAUUGGACUCUCAAUAAAAACAGAACAAAUGUGGACUUCA